AUGGAUGCUCGCCAGGUGUUGCAGAGCACCCUGUCGCCAGAUGCGGCGGAACGUACCAAUGCUGAGCAACAGCUCGCCCACGCGGCGGAGGUUGACUUCGCUACCUACCUUGUCACCUUGGGCCAGGAACUCGCCAACGAGGACAGCCCACCCCAUAUCCGUGUCGCUGCUGGUAUUGCCCUAAAGAACGCUUUUACCUUCCGAGACCAGGCCAAACUGCGUGAAGUGCAAGGGCGAUGGGUUCAACAGAUUCAACCCGAGACCAAGGCACAGGUCAAGGAGCUCGCGCUCAAGACCUUGCAUUCAACUAAUACCCGAGCUGGGAAUGCCGCCGCCACUCUGAUCGUUUCGAUUGCUGCGAUCGAAUUGCCCCGGAAUGAGUGGACCGACCUUAUGAACAUCCUUGUGCAGAACGUGGCGAAUGGAUCCGACGCCCUGAAACAGUCAUCGCUGGCCACCAUUGGCUUCAUUUGCGAGUCCCAAGAUCCCGACCUUCGUGCCAGCUUGACUGCUCACUCUAAUGCUAUCCUCACUGCCGUCGUGCAGGGUGCGCGCCGCGAGGAGCCAAACAUGGACGUUCGUUAUGCCGCUAUUGCCGCCCUCAGCGACGCCGUGGAUUUCGUGCGCUCGAACAUGGACAAUGAGGGAGAGCGGAAUUACAUCAUGCAGGUCGUUUGCGAGGCCACUCAGGCUGAGGAGGUCCGUGUGCAAGCUGGUGCCUUCGCCUGUCUGAACCGUAUCAUGGGAUCCUACUACGAGAAGAUGCGCUUCUACAUGGAGAAAGCCCUGUUUGGCCUCAGCAUCAUGGGCAUGAAGAGUGAGGAAGAGGAUGUUGCCAAGCUGGCUAUUGAGUUCUGGUGCACUGUCUGUGAAGAAGAAAUUGCUAUUGAAGAUGACAACGCCGAGGCUCAGCAAGAUGGUGGUGACGCACGUCCAUUCUUUGGCUUCGCUCGCGUUGCUACUCGCGAAGUGAUCCCUGUUCUAUUGCAAUCGAUGUGCCGCCAGGACGAGGAUGCUGAUGAUAACGAAUACAAUGUCUCGCGGGCUGCCUACCAGGCUCUGCAGCUCUAUGCCCAAUGCGUUCAGGGCGAUGUGAUCCAGCCUGUUGUCACAUUCGUCGAGGAGAACAUUCGCAACGAGGACUGGCACCGCCGCGAUGCCGCCGUCGCUGCUUUCGGCGGUAUCAUGGAGGGCCCUGAACCCCGUGUUCUGGAGCCGUUGAUUAAGCAGGCUCUGCCUGUUCUGCUUGGCAUGAUGGAGGAUGCCUCUGUCCCGGUUCGGGAUUCCACUGCUUACGCUCUGGGCCGCGUUUGCGACUGCUGCCCCGAGGUCCUCGACCCUGAUGUUCACCUCCAACCCCUGAUCUCGUGCCUGUUCAAUGGUCUCGCUAGCAGUCCCAAGAUUGCCAGCUCUUGCUGCUGGGCUCUUAUGAACGUUGCGGACCGUUUCGCCGGUGAUCCUGGUUCCCAGACCAACCCUCUGUCGAAGCACUUUGAAGACAGCAUCAAGUCUCUCCUUCAGGUCACUGAGCGACAGGAUGCCGAUAACCAGCUCCGUACCGCUGGUUACGAAGUUCUCAACUCCUUCGUUUUGAACUCUGCCAAUGACAGCUUGCCAAUGGUCGCCACUCUCUCAGAUGUGAUCAUCCAGCGUCUGGAGCAGACCGUCCCUAUGCAACAGCAGGUUGUUAACACCGAGGAUCGCAUUCUCCUCGAGGAGAUGCAGACUAGCUUGAUUAGUGUCAUCUUGGCUAUUGUCCAACGGUUUGAGACUGAAAUCAAGCCCCAAAGCGACCGGAUCAUGCAGGUCCUUCUCCAGGUUCUCUCCACCCUUGGUCCCAAAUCCAGCGUCCCGGAUGUUGUCUUCGCCACUGUCGGUGCCAUUGCCAAUGCCCUAGAUGAGGAGUUCAUCAAGUACAUGGAGUCUUUCAGCCCCUUCUUGUACAAUGCGCUCGGUAACCAGGAGGAGCCUGGUCUCUGUGCCAUGGCUAUUGGCCUUGUCAGUGAUAUUGCCCGUGCUCUUAAUGAGAAGGUGCAGCCUUAUUGCGACACUUUCAUGAACCUUCUCCUCAACAUCCUCCGGACCGCUACAAACCAGCUCAAGCCGGCCAUUCUGGAGACCUUUGGUGAUAUCGCCCAGGCUAUCGGUACUAGUUUCGACACCUAUCUCACUGUCGUUGGUGGUGUCCUUCAACAGGCCUCUUCCGUUACUACUAGCUCCGAUCUGCCCUACGAUAUGGUAGACUACAUUGUUUCUCUGCGGGAGGGUAUCAUGGACGCUUGGGGCGGCAUUCUGCUCUCCUACAAGGGCAAGCCUCAGAUCACACAAAUUCAGCCCUUCGUAGAGUCUAUCUUCCAGUUGCUUCACAUUAUCUCCCAGGAGGGCAACCGCAGCGAGGGCCUCAUGCGCUCCUCCAUGGGUGUUCUGGGUGAUCUUGCGGAUGCAUUCCCCAACGGCGAGCUUGCACCUUUCUUCCGCAACGACUGGGUUACUACUUUGGUUCGGGAGACCCGCACCACUCGCCAGUACAGCCCGCGGACUAUCGAGACUGCCCGCUGGACUCGUGAGCAGGUGAAGCGCCAGAUCAACAUGGGCACUAGUGCGGCAUAA